AUGGCAGAACUCAAAAAAUCAGGUGUUGAGGUUGAGAAAAUAGCUACAACGUUUGAAAUCACUAGUAAAGCGGCAAGAGAAAUAGCAGCUCCUAUGGAAGUUAUGUUGUUGUCGAAGAACAAAGAGUGUAAGGGAGAAUGUCAAUGGAAGUUGAGUAACCCACAAAUACAGGACCUCAAAUCGUGCAGGGGAUGUGGAAUGUCGCACGCCAGAAGGUGGUACGACCGCAAGAUCAUCGGCGAGUUCAGGGAGAUUGUGGACGUGACGUUCGUUGGGGCCAUGUGCCCCCCAGGCGGCGGCCGCAACCCCAUCACCCCGCGCCUGCUGCGCCACUUCCACUACCUGGCCUUCAUCGAGCUCGAGGACAACAGCAAGAGCCAAAUCUUCGGCACCAUCCUGCAGUCAUGGCUGCGGCGCGCGGAGGAGUCGGUGCAGGCGCUGAACGCGCCCCUGGUGAAGGCCUCCAUGUCGGUGUACUCCACCAUCGUCACCGAGCUGCUGCCCACGCCCGCCAAGACGCACUACACCUUCAACCUGCGCGACCUCAGCAAGGUCUUCCAGGGCAUGCUCAUGUGCAAGCCCAACAACAUAAAG